GUGAUACCACAAUUUCUCUGCUGUGACAAGACCAAAUACAGCUCAGAAAGUUCAAUUCCAGUUUUCCAGCCUCUUCCUAAGGACCUACAGAAAUGAGCGAGCAAGAAGUGACCUACACAGAACUGAAAUUUCACACUCCUUCCAAGCAGCAGAGAAUACAGAGACCUAAGACCAUCAAAAACAAAGACCCAUCAGUUCCAGCUCCUCCCUGGCGAAUCAUUGCAGUGAUUCUGGGGAUCUUCUGCCUGGUGUCACUGGGAGCAGUGGUGGCCUUGGUUGCCAAGUUUUUCCAGGCAUCCCAUCCAUCAGGAAAUUUCACCCACAAGCAAAUGGUUACACACCCCAGCCAAGAAACAUACAAGGAAACUGGAGGACAUAAAUUCAGCCCUUGCCCAGAGGACUGGAGGCAACAUGGAAAUUCCUGUUACCACUAUUCUACAAACUGGAUGACUUGGCAAAGGAGUAAAGAUUACUGCACUUCUUUGGGCUCCAACCUCCUUAAAAUUGACAGCAGGGAAGAAUGGGAUUUUAUAAAUUCACAAACACAUUCUUAUCACUGGAUCGGACUAUCUCAUAAUGCAGUUUAUGAUUCCUGGGUGUGGGAGGAUGGCACAGCUCCUUCCAGCGACCUGUAA